AUGCCCGUCAGAAAGGAGUUGGUUGGAGCCCGCGGUUGGCUCGAGCGUACUACAGACUCGUCGAACAAGAAGCCAUCUUUGGACAAGAAGGUGCCUCAACCAAAGAAAGCCGGUCUUCUUGACAGCUUGAAGAAGAUUGCCAAAGACAUGAAGGUGACUCGCAAACUUCGCGAUUCCGAGAAGGAGUACCGCGCUGCACGACUCACCGUAUCCCUCGACCCCCGCGAGCAAAGUCUCCUUUACUGUGAGCUCGAGUUCAUUCUGACAACUGCUCUUGAAGGAUAUAUCUCGAGUCAAUUCAAUGCUGGACGCCUCGAUGCAGAUAAAUACAAGAAAAUUGUAGAUGGCUGGCAACAGAAAGGUCGUCCGAAGGUGGUUGGAUUUCGCUAUGAUCUCGAGACACAACUUGAGUUGGUCCACCUCCACAGCACCGACUUCAGAUUCUAUGGUCGUCGCGCUGGUCUGACGGUAGCAGUCAACGGGCUGCUUGAGAUGAUGAAGGUUAACUCGCGCGCUAUGAGAAUUCGCACUUUUUGCCAACCGGACACCGUUGUCGCCAAGCAACUCCUCGACUCUCAGUCUCUCUUCAACAUGCUCGGUUGCUCAGAGCCGCAGCAGAUCCGCCUUGCUGAAGUCAUUCAAUUCUUCAAGAUUAUACUGGAGCGCGAGCAACACUUUCGCCACCCACAUGAAGCACAUGCUGCAUCUCCCGCUCGCCGCGAUACUGGCCACUGGGACGAGAGUGAGGAGGUGAUUGACGGCCAGGGUGCCAAAUCUCAUUCUGAGAAAUACCAAUCUUCUGGAGGUGACCAGCACCAGGAAUACGGAGCUUGA